CCGUGGAGGAAAGAGGAUGGGGGAAGAAAUAGGAGAAAGAAAGAAAAAAGGCCAUCAGAGGUCAUCCUCUGGGACUGCAACCAAACCCGAGGGGAGUUUCUGCAGACGCCCUGUGUCUCGAACCAAUCCCUCUCCACAGAUUCACCAGGGGAGAACACCUGCACCGCUCUGCAUUGUAUUCUGCCUGCCUGCUACUCUGCCUGUCUUCAUGACUGCAGCAACAUCUGGUAGAGGAGCAAGUGGAUUCAAAUAGAACAUCUGCACAGCAGCGAGCAGCCAAGUCAACAAACACUCCUAAUGAAGAGCCUGAGACACAAUGCAGAAUCCCUCCAAUGCAGCACAGUUCCAACAUUGAGACUGCACACUUGAGCAGGAGUGCAUACUCGGCGGCAGUGCUAACAUAGCUCCGGCAGCGAGAGAGAGAAGAGAGCCUCCCCUCUACCUGGAGAGGAAGCCAGGGACCGGGGCAGUCAUGGCAGCGAACAUGUACCGGGUUGGAGAUUAUGUUUAUUUUGAGAACUCGUCCAGUAACCCACUGCUGAUCAGGAGGAUAGAGGAGUUGAACAAGACAGCCAAUGGGAACGUGGAGGCCAAAGUGGUGUGUUUUUACCGACGCAGGGACAUCUCCGGCACACUCAUCGCCCUGGCAGACAAACAUGCAAGGGAGCUGGAAGAGGAGAUGGAGAAUCCAGAGAUGGCGGACCUCCCCGAGAAACACAAACACCAGCUCAGACACCGAGAGCUCUUCCUGUCCCGCCAACUGGAGUCUUUACCUGCCACACACAUCAGGGGGAAGUGCUGUGUGACUCUGCUGAACGAGACAGAAGCCCUGAAGUCUUACCUGGACAGAGAGGAUGCCUUCUUCUACUCGCUGGUGUAUGACCCUCAGCAGAAGACCCUGCUGGCUGAUAAGGGGGAGAUCCGCGUCGGGAACAAGUACCAGGCCGACAUCACCGACCUCCUGAAAGAAGGUGAGGAAGAUGGCAGAGACUUGGAGAAACUAGAGGAGAAGGUCUGGGACUAUACCAGCCUACUGACGGAGAAACAGAUCGACCAGUUCUUAGUAGUAGCUCGGUCGGUAGGAACCUUCGCCAGAGCGUUGGACUGCAGUAGUUCAGUCCGGCAGCCCAGCCUGCACAUGAGCGCAGCUGCAGCCUCCAGAGACAUCACCUUGUUUCACGCUAUGGACACCCUCCACGCCACGGGCUACGACAUGACCCGGGCCAUCUCAGCGCUGGUGCCUCAGGGAGGGCCCGUCCUCUGCAGGGAUGAGAUGGAGGAGUGGAGCGCCUCGGAAGCAAACCUGUUCGAGGAGGCGCUGGAGAAAUACGGCAAAGACUUCACCGACAUCCAGCAGGACUUUCUGCCCUGGAAGUCCCUGACGAGUAUUAUUGAGUAUUACUACAUGUGGAAGACCACAGACAGAUAUGUACAGCAGAAACGAUUAAAAGCAGCCGAGGCCGAGAGCAAGUUGAAGCAGGUCUACAUCCCUAACUACAACAAGCCCAACCCCAACCAGCUGAGCAACAAUUUAAAACCAGCUCUGGUCAAUGGAGUGGCGGUUGCAGGUGUACCAGGGGUGCAGGGGGUCCCGGGGGUCCCAGCGAUGCAAGGUGUCCCAGGGGUCCCAACGGUGCAAGGUGUCCUGGGUGUCCCAGGUUUGCCAGGGGUCCCAGGUUUGCCAGGGGUCCCAGGUUUGCCAGGUGUCCCAGGGGUCCCAGGAGUCCCAGGAGUCCCAGGGGUCCCAGGGGCUCCAGGCACAGCGCAGAUCCCCGCCCUCGGCAGAGCCUGUGAAAGCUGCUACACCAGCAGCUCCUACCAGUGGUACUCGUGGGGACCUCCCAACAUGCAGUGUCGUCUCUGUGCUUCCUGUUGGACUUACUGGAAGAAGUACGGCGGGCUGAAGAUGCCCACAAGACUGGAUGGAGAGAGACCUGGACCUAACCGCAGCAGCAUGAGCCCCCACGGCAUCCCCAUGCGUCACAGCGGCAGCCCCAAAUGUGCAGUGAAGACGCGACAAGCUUUCUACCUGCAGACCACCGGCCUGACGCAGAUGGCACGGCGCAUCUGCCAUGACAUCAUCAGGCCGCGGUUUCUGGCCAGGCACCCCUACCUCCCUGUCAACACAGCAGCCAUAAAGGCAGAGUGUGCCAUGCUGUUGCCAGAUGAGAAGAAAAAGCCUGCACCACUGAAACCUGUGGACCGUAAACCCCUGGAGUCAGUGGUGCGGUAUUUAGAAGCACAUCCCCGUCCAGCCAAACCAGACCCUCCGUUCCGUGGAGCGUCCAUCUCCACAGGCAGCCUGACGCCCAUUAAGGCCUCCCCCAUCCUCAACAACGGCUCCCCCACCAUCCUGGGCAAACGCAGCUACGAACAGCACAACGGACUCGAUGGCUCUAAAUCCAAAAUGCUGACUCCACAGUGGGACAUCAUGGCCAAGCGUCUGAGCGAGGGUCCGCGGCCCUCCGUCUCCCUGCAGGACGAGGUGCACGAGCUGGACUGAGAGCUCUGAGGGAGCGACGUCUGCUCGAACUCAGUGAGCAGAGGGCGAGGCGUUUCCUCUGAUCGCAGCGAGGCAGCUGAGCAGACGGCAGCGUCGAGUCGCUCUGCUGGAGACCGACGUAGACAUCAGACGUUUGGCUGCGGUCAUUCACAAGAUGAGCCUGACUGUACAGGACUGUGUUUAUUACUUACAAUUCUCGUUAUUACUGUCAUUGUAAUUAUUGUUAUUGUUAUUAUAAUUUUUUUUUUUACCAACUAUAACUCUGCUUAUUGUUUGUCGAUCAAACGAUGGAACUUGUGAAGUUUCAGGAAAAUGUGCUUGCAGAGCCCUGUGGAAAAGGGUGGAAGGACUGUAACAUAAGCCACACGCAUCUUCUAUGUUUGUCUUGGUUUCUUAACAAGUUAAAUUCAACAAGGAGGCCUACUUUUAAUUUCAGCGAGUUAACUCCUUGUCUUUUGUUUCAACAAAUUUGAAUGCUUUACGGGAAAUCUUCAGUUUUGUGAGCCGGCCCCGCUCUUCGGCCAGAGAGGUUUAACUUAUUGAGAAAGACUUGCUGUUUUUUCUACCUUUUUCACAAGUAAUGCAUCUAUGCUUAGAUAAUGUAAUUAAAAAAGAUAAUUGAUUUUCCCUCUUCUUUUGGUGUCUGUGCACAGAGGUGAAAAGUGUUUUCUUACUCACACACGUAUGCAAACAGGGUAUAUGCAAAGUGGAUUGCAAAUUGCUUUAUAUGUUUGAAUCUGAAAAAUGAUCAGUAUUAGGAACAAGAUUAAAUGCGAAAAUACA